AUGUGGAUGUGGCUCACGUUCCUGUUUACCUGUGCCUUUGUGCCCGCCUUUGUCUUGGCCCAGUCCUGUUCUGACACCAUGUCCGGCAGCAUGAGCUCUGCGACAUUCAACGCACAGAAGCAGACCGGCAUCACUAUCGUCGCCACCACAGUGCAACCACCAUCACAGCGCCCAGGCUUCACGCAACAGCGUGCAGGCUUCACGCCACAGCGUGCAGGCUUCACGCAACAGCCAGCAGGCUUCACGCAACAGCGUGGUACGUCAACCACCGACCACAGUCACCACAGACAGCAACAACCAUCGCAGCCACCAACCAUCACCAUCGUCGCCACCACCACCACUACCACCACCACGGUGCAAUCACCACAACACGUGCUGUGA